AUGGCGGACACGGUGGGGCUGCAGGGGAAGAGGAGUGUGGGUGUGUCGUUGCCGCUCUCCCUGUCCUCUGCAGCCGGAUGUGGGGUGGCCCACUUCAGUGGGGGUGAAGGUGCCAGAGGGCGGUCGACUUGGGGAGGUUGGCCGUCCAGUGUUCUGGCGGAGGAGACCGUCAGGGGUGGUCAAACAUCUCAGCCCCUGACAUUGGGACGGGCCUUAACAGGCACUCGUCGUCGGGGUCAUGGAAGAAUCUUUUUGGUACCCGUGGCCCCGGCCUUAAGGCGAAGGAGGUUCUUUGUCAGGUUUUUUAGUGGGCAGGCUGCCGCGCGUUCACCAUCUUUGCGCGGCAGGAGCCCCACA